AAAAUAUCUUGCGGAGAAUAUGGUUCGUUGUCGUGUGUAGUGUGUAGAAUGUGAAUUUGGAAUACGAAAUAAGAAGUAACUGUAUGCUUUUAACUUGUUACUUUUAAGAUGAUGAGCAAAAUGAAAUCUCUUAGUGAUUCAAGUACUAGUGAGAGUGAAGAUGAUUAUAGUAAACGUUUUCAACAGAAAACAAUGUCCUAUGUUCCAUGGACUGCAACAAAACGAAGUCUUAGCACUGAUGAUACUGAAGAUGAGCAUCAAACAGACUCUGUUAUGACAGUUAAUAAAUCUGCUUCAAGUUUUAAAAGCCCAAAUAAAUAUUCUGAACGGAGAUUUAGUACUGAUGAUACUGAGGAUGAGCAUUUAGAAAUGGCGUCACCAGUUAAAAAGUUUAAAAAUGAUUUCAAAAAUCCUUCACAAUAUGUCGAAAGAGAUCUUUCUGAUAGUGAAAGUGAUGACAAAAACUCUUUUGUCAAAACUGGGGAAAGUAGGGCUAAUAUGCCAAGUAUAGAAACAUUUAAUGGAAGCUAUGGUGUUGGUAUGAAAAUGAUGGAAAAAAUGGGAUACAAGACUGGCACUGGUUUAGGUAAAUUUGAACAAGGUCGAGUCAGUAUUGUCGAGGCUUCUAAACAGCGGGGUCGUCGAGGUCUUGGACUUCACAUAGAAGGUCUGGAGCCAUCUGAUGUUAAAUGGGAUUCUGCAAAAGAGGAGAUAUCUCUUGAAGAAGAAAUAGUAUGGAUGCCUGAAUGUGAUGCAGAACCUUUGAAUAUUAGCCAAAUGAGAAAUUGGAUGUUGGAAGGCCCAAAAAAAAUUGACAUCAGCAGUGAAACUGAAUUUUGUUAUCCUGAAAUUUUGAGAGAUAUUAUUUCCUACAAAAGUGUAUUUGAUAAACUAGAACCUGAAGAAAUGAGGAAAGCAAGAACACGAUCUAAUCCAUUUGAAACUAUACGUGGUUGCAUAUUUUUAAACAGAGCUGCGAUGAAGAUGGCAAAUAUGGAUGCUGCAUUUGAUUUUAUGUUUAGUAAUCCAAAGGAUAAAAAUGGGAAGUCUUUAGUUGUUGGAAAUGAGCUGCUUUAUUUUGCUGAUAUUUGUGCUGGACCUGGAGGCUUUUCAGAGUACAUUUUAUGGCGAAGAAAGUGGGAAUGCAAAGGGUUUGGUUUUACCUUAAAAUGUGCAAAUGAUUUUAAAUUGGAAGAUUUUUUUGCUGGUCCACCAGAGACUUUUGAACCACAUUAUGGUAAGAAAGGUGAUGGAGACAUUUAUGACCCCGAAAAUCUUAAAGAGUUUCGAAAAUUUGUCUUGGAAAAUACAGAUAAUAGGGGAGUAGAAGUGGUUAUGGCUGAUGGUGGAUUUUCUGUUGAAGGGCAAGAAAAUGAACAAGAAAUUUUAUCUAAAAGAUUGUAUCUAUGUCAGUUCCUCUGUGCACUUUCAAUUUUGCGUGAAGGAGGUAAUUUCGUCUGUAAAUUAUUUGAUCUCUUCACCCCCUUUAGUGUUGGACUAGUCUAUUUAAUGUAUCAUGCUUUUGAGAAAAUUUGUAUUUUUAAGCCAAAUACCAGUAGGCCUGCAAAUUCAGAAAGGUAUUUAAUUUGCAAAUGGAGAAAAGAAAGUACCAAAGAUAUCUGUGAUUAUAUGUUUGAAGUCAACUGCUAUUUUGAGAAAUUUUGGGGUGAAACUUCUGAUAAAGACAUUGUUGAAAUUGUACCACUGUAUCUUUUGAAAGAAAAUGCUGGUUUCUUUAAUUAUAUAAUGGAAUCAAAUAACAAAAUAGGAAGCAGGCAAAUAAUACAUCUUGACAAAAUAAGAGUGUUCGCCCAAAAUGCGGAAUUGCAUGAAGAACGUCAGAAUGAAUUAAGAAAGCAGUGCUUAGCAUUAUGGAAGGUUCCUGACAAAGCAAGAUCUGCUCCAGUUAGACCUGAGCCAGAUGCAAAAUACAAGCAAAUUAUGCAGGGAGAAAAUUUAUCUUAUUUGAAAAAUCAUCCUGAGUUUCUCACAGAAACCAACCUGAAGAAGCUGCGGAAUGUAUUUGAUUUUCAUUGUGUUGCUACAGCAGAUCCAAAGCCUAAAGAGAAUGCAGCAUUAUUCCUUGGUCUAGGGGUUA